AUGAAAUUUCCUUCUGAUAUCCAUGUCACGCUGUUGGAAGCACGAUUGGAACAGGCCAGCCUUCUGAAGCGCGUCGUUGACGCCAUCAAGGAUCUGGUCCAGGAUUGCAACUUCGAUUGCAAUGACUCCGGAAUUGCUCUUCAGGCUAUGGACAACUCCCACGUUGCUCUUGUUUCCAUGCUGCUCCGCGCCGAGGGUUUCUCUCCCUACCGCUGCGACCGUAACAUCGCCCUCGGCAUCAACCUGCUCUCCCUGACCAAGGUGCUCCGCGCCGCCCAGAAUGAAGACAUCCUGACCCUCAAGGCCGAGGACUCCCCCGAUGCUGUCAACCUGAUGUUCGAGAGCGCAGAGACAGACCGACUGAGCGAGUAUGACAUCAAGCUCAUGGAUAUUGACCAGGAGCACCUGGCCAUCCCCGAGACUGAGUACGCCGCCACCGUGGAGAUGCCUUCUUCUGAGUUCCAGCGCAUCUGCAGAGAUCUCAACGCGCUGUCCGAGUCAGUCGUGAUUGAGGCUAGCAAGGAGGGUGUCAAGUUCUCCUGCCAGGGUGAUAUUGGUAACGGAUCCGUCACCAUCCGCCAACACACCAACGUCGACAAGCCUGACCAGAACGUCGUUAUCAAUCUCUCCGAACCCGUCGCCCUGACUUUCUCCCUCAAGUACCUCGUCAACUUCUGCAAGGCCUCCAACCUGUCUUCAUCUGUCGUGCUGCACCUCUCUCAGGAAGUGCCGCUGCUCGUUGAGUACGGUCUCGGAAGUGGUCAUUUGCGGUUCUACCUUGCUCCUAAGAUCGGUGACGAAGAGUAA